AUGGGGGUUGAUGAGUUUGAGACCGAGUGGGCCGGAGCAUCGGCAAAGUAUGGAUUGAAUGACACCUUGUGGGGGAACCAGGUGUACGGGAAGAGGGAGAUGUGGGCAAACACAUACUUGCGGGAUAUGUUUUGUGCCGGGUUCCGGACAACAUCGCGGUGUGAGGGCAUUAACAGCGUGGUGAAGAAGUUUCUUCAAUCAAAGCACACAAUGCUGGAACUUGUCCAAAACCUUGAGCUUCUUCUUCGGGAGUUUAGGAAUAACGAGUUACUAUCUCAAUUCAGGUCGAUUUAUGGUGACCCCGUGUUGACGACCUCAUUGGACUCCUUGGAACGGUUUGCCACUAGAGUGUAUACCCGAACAGUUUUCAAUGACGUGAAGAAGGAACUCGAAGCUGUUGCUUCUGUUAACUUUGUGGGGGUUCGGCGGUCGCUUACCACCAAAGUGUACACAGUAGAUGAAUUCGGGCAUCCCGGCCGGCCUAUUGUGGUCUUAUGUCACAAGAAUAUGGGAAGGUUGUAG